AUGAGCAGCGAAAAGUCAACCAGUUCUUCCGAUCUGGAAAAGAACCUGGUUGUGCAACGUGAAAAUCCGCCAUCAGAUUGCUUCGUAACACAACUUGUCACCUCGCAUUUAGUCGACUGGGACGGGCCCGAUGACCUUGCCAGACCAGUCAACUGGCACAAGAAGCGGAAAUGGCUGAAUGUGACUAGCGUUGCUUUCCUUACUUUCCUUACCCCGUUGGCUUCCUCGAUAGUAGCACCCGCCCAGGGGCUGGUCAUCGAGAGCUUCCAUAUCACCAGCGAGUCGUUGGCCAGCUUUGUUGUAUCGAUCUACCUGGUUGGAUUUGCUGUUGGGCCUCUUGUCCUCGGACCCUUAUCCGAGAUCUACGGUCGUCUUCGGAUCUAUCAAGCUUGCAAUGUCGUCUUCAUCGUUUGGAAUAUAGCGUGUGCGGUUGCCCCAAAUAUUGGUUCCUUACUGGCUUUCCGGCUUUUUGCUGGAAUAGCUGGCAGUUGUCCGCUUACACUGGGUGCUGGCUCAAUUGCAGAUCUAUUUAUUCCAGAGGAACGAGGUGCAGCCAUGUCGAUCUAUUCAAUGGGUCCAUUGAUGGGGCCGGUGGUUGGUCCUAUUGCCGGGGGAUAUCUGGCCGAAGCCGCGGGGUGGAGGUGGAUAUUCUGGGUCAUUUCCAUGGCAGUUAGUAUCCUCUCUGAUAUAGAAGCAAAGGAUCAUCUAAUCGUUGCCAAGGCCGGUGCGGUCUUUGCACUCUCGCUCCUCUUUCAAACCGAGAGCUACGAGCCGGUUCUUCUCCAACGACGCGUCGACCAGCUCAGGAAAGAGACGGGUAACAUGGAGCUACGGUCUAAACUCGCUCGGAACAUCAGCGCCAGAGACGACUUCAUCCGGUCAAUUGUCCGACCAACGAAAAUGCUUUUUCUCUCUCCCAUCGUGGCGAUCUUCUCCAUCUACAUCGGAAUCGUCUACGGUUAUCUCUACCUCCUCUUCACGACCAUUACCUCCGUCUACCAGACCACCUACCACUUCUCCCAAGGCGCCGCCGGCCUCACCUACCUCGGCAUCGGCGUCGGCUCCCUUAUCGGCCUCCUCAUCUUCGGCACCAUCUCAGACAAAAUCCUCAUCUACCUUACGAAAAGAAACAACGGCGUACGCGAGCCUAAAUUUCGCAUGCCCCCUCUCAUCCCGGGAAGCCUUUUUGUCCCUAUCGGGCUGUUCUGGUACGGCUGGUCCGCCGAGAAACAGCUACACUGGAUGAUGCCUAUUGUCGGGACUGGAUGGGUAGGAUUUGGCAUGCUAGCGUCCUUCCUGCCUAUCCAGACAUACCUCGUCGAUGCGUUCAGUGAACAUGCGGCUUCUGUGACGGCUUCAAUGACGGUGGUUAGAUCGUUGGUAGGGGCGUUUUUGCCGCUGGCGGGGCCGGCGAUGUAUACGAGACUAGGGCUGGGAUGGGGGAAUUCGAUGCUGGGCUUCAUUGCGUUGGCGAUGCUGCCGCUCCCUGUGGUGUUUUACUACCAUGGAAAGAGGAUUCGGAUGCAUCCGAUGUUCAAAGUGACUUUUUAG